AUGAAUAGGAAGAGCAUUUACCUGGAACUACAUGUGCUCCACGACGCAUUCAGGCCGGUGGGUCAAUGAAUUUCACAUGGUUUUUGUUUACUGUUGUUUUUCAGGAAAAAAGUAAAAAUCGGAAGGAAUGAAUUAGGCCUCAAUGUGGCAAAGAUUGGCAUGGUAAAUAGAAGCUAUGAUAGUGAGAAAUUAUCAAAGUGACUAUUCGUUUUUUGCAGUGAUCGAUGUGAACACUCAAGGCUACAAGCCUUCGAUUGAGCAGAAAAAUGGCACCGAUGAAGGAUUUAAACCACUAUUGGAUAAAGAGAAGCUCGCUAAAUUGCCAAUUGACGUUCAAGACCUUCUGUCUUUUGUCACCGUCAACGCCAGCAACGGGAAUUCUGCAAUCCACGGUCCGUCUUUCGAUAUCACAGCCGUACUGACCGCCGCAAGAUUUGUCGCUUUGCACGCACGUCCAGCCAUUUUCGACGACGAACUGAUGAAUUUCAACGCAAUGAUAGUAGACUUUAUCCUUGGGAAAGAAACGGAUUGGCAUGCCAGCGCGAUGCAAGAUCAUAACCUUCUUUUGACUUUGCUUCCCCGCGAUCACCCCAUUCUCAUUGCAAUUGACGGAGAAUUUACUUCCCUAAUACCCGAGUCUGUUCAGCAGCGAUCACUCCACUUCAGAGUGAUGACGCAAUGAUAAGAAAAAAGAUAAUCGUAACAGUGUUUGAUGUGCGGCGUGAGUUGCACAACGAGGGAGUAGAUUUAAUGUAAAAAUUAGUGUGCAUUCGAUGUUGACCGUUUGAAUGCUCUUCUUCUGGUUCACUUUUCUUCUCUAUCACACGAUCUUUUUGUCUCGGCUUUACCUCUCACCACGCACAUCUGGCGCUAGCGGACGUAAUUUAGCUGACGAAGGCAUUUUAUGUUCAAAGUAUGUACAAUAGCGCUGCCCAGUCAAUGCCAACAAAAAGAGCUCACAUCAGUUGUAGUGCUGCUUCUGUUGAGGAAUGUGAGUCAGUUCUUGUCUCCAGUUCGCUUUUGCAUUUCGAGUCAGUUCUUGUCUCCAGUUCGCUUUUGCAUUGAACGCAUAGGAAAUUACUGCUGUAGGGUUCGAAACAAUAUAGUAUCUUUGUUUUCUUCACGUAACUUUCCGUGUUUAUAUGUCCUACAUGGCUUCACCUCCGAGUCUUUUGACCAGGUGUAGGACGGGACCUGGCUCAGGUCCUACGAUGAAAAAUAUAUCUUAAAGGACCAGGGAACCCAAAAAUUUUUUGAUUUUUUUGUGAAAUGUUUUUGUGACUGUUUGAAUUGUCUCUUAUUGUCUCAUACACUGGUGAAAUGCUGCCUCUCGAAAAUGCCAAUGAACGAAACGGCAUGCAGUUGAAGUUGCGGCCGUGGCCUAGCGCCAAUGGCCGAAAAAUAUAUAAAAAUAUAUGCGCUUCUCGGCAAUUUUAUUUUUUCCGCUUUUUUACCGGUUUUUUUCCAAAAAUUCACGGUUUCUCCCAUUUUGGCACUUCAUAUCGACUGAAUGAAAACAAUCUUUUAGCAGUGAAAAAAAUAAGUAAGUGCCGAACAAAUGUCAAUCAACUGAAAAAUGGGAGAAACCCUGAAUUUUUUGGAAAAAACCGGUAAAAAAAGCGGAAAAAAAUAAAAUGGCCGAGAAGCGCAUAUAUUUUUUUAUAUAUUUUUCGGUCAUUGGCGCUAGGCCACGGCCACAACUUCAACUGCAUGCCGUUUCGUUCAUUGGCAUUUUUGAGGGACAGCAUUUCACGAGUGUAUGAGGCAAUAAGAGACAAUUCAAACAGUCACAAAAAAAUUUCACAAAAAAAUCAAAAAAUUUUUGGGUUCCCUGGUCCUUUAACAUGUUUUGAGUUGACCUGAGCUUGCUAAGAAGCCAAACGUAUCUGCCCUCCCUCGCGACUUAGUCGAUGGGACCGAAUAUCCAACUUUUGGUAGAACGUUAUCCCGAUUUCAGGGAUCUGAUAUCGGAAGCCAUUAUCAAACAAGCAUGAGAUUGACAAUUAUGCAAUCUUUUGACUUGUUGCAAACUAAUAUUUAUGCCGCUGGGCGUUUACUAUUGUGUCUAACACAGACACAUUUCAUUCAAUUUAAUCUUAAAAAAACCUAGUUACUAGUACAUCUUCAAUUUUUGAGUUUGCACUAAUCCAGUUCCAGCACAAUACCAGGAAUUGUUUCUUCAAACUUGACUAUUUACCUUUUAGUUUGCGAAUGUCUUUUUGACAGCCGCCCAGCCCAUCCCUAGAACAUCGUCUUCUUCAAUUUUCAAAAGCCCAUUAGAAAAGCCUCCGUUGGUAGAACACAGACACAUUUCAUUCAGUUUAAUUUUGAAAAGAACAUAUGUUCUUCCGCAAUGCUCAAAUGUGUAUGUGGGAACCCAUCAAGGUUUAUGCAGUUCUGUAACAACAUGAAGAACUGUCUUUUGAAAAUUGUUUUCCGUAUUCUGUAAUUGCACAGUUACGUCUUAGCAUUUACCCUCCCUAGAACAUCGUCUUCUUCAAUUUUCAAAACAUCUCUACAAAAAAACUCCACUACGUUUCACGUCAGUGUGUGUGUGUGUGUGUGUACGACUGAAAUACAAUUUUCAGCCAAUCUUUUGCGUCUGCAGCUUCAAACGUUCUUUGAAGGUAUGUUUCACGCUUUUUCAUUUUUUCAAGCAACUUUUUGGAGAAAAUGCGCUCAAAUUUCUCAUUCUGUACCGGCGUGCGCGUUCCUAUUCGUUUAGAAGACAGAAUGAGGUAUUGAACAUCCAGGCGUGGAUUUGAGUGCUGCUUAUGUUCAAACCCUAGCCUGUGCCUGGCCUGAUAGCAGUUCUUGUUUAUUUUACAACCCCCCCCCCCUCUAUCGUCAUCUGCGUUAAUGAUUUUCUCUUGUUCUGGUUAUCCAUUCUGUUUGAAUCAUUUCUCCUACAUUUCGUUGCUUUGUUCUCGCCUGCCGUUCUGGCAAUCAACUGUCAUUCGUUCACAUCUUCUGGCAUAAAUCGAAGGUAAGUGCAGAGUGAUUCAAAACGUCCAUACAUUACACUAAUGUCUUCAGGGAAAUUGGAUCAACUCAAUGGGACCCAAACAGAUGUUUUUUCUUCUCUUCUGGAUACAUUGCUGGAGACUAACAUUUAUGAAGGUAAAAAAAUAAACAAAUGAACAUCAGAAACAACAACUUCCAUGCAGAUUCCUUCCUAUCUCGUUGA